AUGCGAUCCCUCGUUGAAGCAAGAGAGGCCUGGCAAAGCCUGCAAGCAUACGAAUCUCUGACAGCACUCAAGAAAGCCAUUCAUCACGAGAAUGAGCCUGACUCAUUGACCAAGUCUAGAUCACUUCUGUGGAAGAUAUUUCUCUUGUUCGAAGGACUCGAUCAUUCAGAAUGGCUACAGCGAUCAGCAGAUUCGCGUUCAGCAUAUGCGUCAGUGCGCUCACAUUUGCUACGAGGACUUGAACAUCCAGAAGAGGUCCUGGGCUCGAAUCUAGACCCACUGAGUGAAGAUUCCGAGUCUCCCUGGGCAGUCCUACGUCAAGAUGAGGCAUUGCGGGCCGAAAUCAUGCAAGAUGUGGACCGAUGCAUGCCCGACAACAUAUACUUCCGCCAACCGCAAACGCAGACUAUGCUGUUGGAUGUCCUGUUUGUCUUUUGCAAACUGAACCCGGAUGUGGGAUACAGGCAGGGUAUGCACGAGUUGCUAGCUCCUAUACUGUGGGUCGUAGAGAAAGAUGCCGUGUCGAGUAAAGCCACAGACGACUCUAGCUCAGAAGACAAAAUGUUGUGUCAUGUCUUUGACGCUGACUUUGUCGAGCAUGACACUUUUACCUUGUUUGGUAUUGUCAUGCAAGGAGCAAAGUCUUUCUACGAGCAAGCAGCACAUGCUGCGCCGUCGAAGCUUACUACCACUCCAUCAAGACCUGCAGCAACGCUUGAGAAUCCAAUUCUCACUCGGAUACACAGGAUUUUUGAUGAGUUCCUGCCUCAUGUGGAUCCAACACUUGCGCAGCAUCUGCAGGAGAUUGAUGUGAUACCACAAGUUUUCCUGAUGCGAUGGAUCCGACUGUUGUUUGGUCGAGAAUUUGGUUUCGAUGAGGUCUUGAGCAUGUGGGAUGCCAUCUUUGCUGAUGACCCAAGCCUCGAGAUUGUCGAUCUCAUUUGCUUGAAUAUGCUGUUGAGAUUGCAUUGGGACUUAAUGGAUGCCGACUACAAUACGGCACUGACCCUUCUGCUAAGAUAUCCCGCUCUAGAAGAUGGAAAAUCACCACAGGAAUUCGUGACAAACGCUGUAUACCUCAGAAACAACUUCACCCACGCAGGCGCCAGCACACUAGUCGAGAAAUACUCAGGAAGACCUCUACCAGAGCCUACAGAAACGCCCACCACUACACUCCAACCCUCCAUGCCAGGAAGUCUGCGAAUGCAGCUGCCAGGCCGCGCAUCCAGUAACUUUGAAGACAUGCUCCAAGGAGCAGCAAAAGGCGUACUCCAACGAGGUGAGAAGUGGGGCAUUAACAAGGCCUUUCGCGAUGCCAUGGAUGAAGUACGCAAAGGUGUGCGGGAAAUCCAGGCCGCGCAGACGCCUCAGGCGCCUCCGAGACACUCACGCGGGUUAUCGAGACAAAGCGGGACGUCGGACAGAUCAGCGAAUCCGAGUUUGCAACUUACCGUGCUGGAAAAACGCAACGCGGCACUGUCAAAGAUGCUCAAGAAAGCCAUCGAUGACCUGUGGACCUAUCAUGAGACUGCUGUAGGGGGCAAAGCAGCAGAAGAAGAUUCUGUAAAGGGAUUGAGUAUGGCAAUUGCGAAAGUGCAGUUUGUUCAGGUGUAUCUCGAAGAUGCAUCAGUGCCUCUGUCUGUAGAAGAGGACACCGUUGAGACGAGUAAAGAAGAAGUUAUCGAGGUCACAGAAGUUCAACCCCAAAUCAAGGAGCCGGCAAGUGCCCAUAACGACGACAAACCCGCCGCUCAAGAGACAGUGGAGACGACAGACACCAAGGAGGUUGAUGCCGCGGAGGAUGCAACGAAAUCAGUCGAGGUGUCCACUCAACAAGCCAAAGAUGCUGCACCAACAAAGACCACGAAAACACCCGACAUUCCACUUGAUUUUCACACACCAAGACCCACACUGGCGCAAUCAUCAUUCUCUUGGAUGCUAGGCCAGUCUCCAGAAACAAGCGCCAGCAGCUUUGCUCAAGCAAAAGGACUGGCACCAUCAGAUAUACGACGCCGAAGUAAAGGCUUCUUGUUCGGCGAAGACGACGAUGCGAGAGCAGGAAGCCCAGAAAAGAAGAAAGACAGCAAGAGAGGCAGAGACAGGAAGAAGCAGGUCAAGAAGGAGGUACUGUUUGAGCAAGAGCCUGUCAAGGAGGAAUUUGAUCUGGGCGCUUUAGAAGAGGAGAAGAAGGCAGGGAAAGAGAAAUCAAAGGCCGGAGCUGAUGGGAUCAAGAGUAAAUAA